AUGGCCAAGCCCACAGAGAGGGUUUAUACCCUCUGGCGAAGGCAAUUCUUUGGCGUCUCUACUUUGCAAACGUGGCCGCUUCACUCACACGGUCGACUCGCAUGUUUGCCACCGAAGAUGUCGACGCGGGGGCUAUAUGUCUCCCCAAUCACUCACUCCCCAGUCAAGAGCUUGCCGCCACCUCAUACGAGUCCCGAUGAGAAAGCGGUGAAACACGAAAAGGCCAUCAUACUCAUAGUCUCAUUGCUCGGUUGGUCGCUGGCUCUAUAUGGGUUUGGGCGAUACAUGGGAUACUAUAUUGCACUUGAGCGGGCGCCAGUAACGGGUCGUUGGCAUAUAGUCACCAAGGGUUUCACGGAUGAGUACCAGAAAGAGGUAAUCAAUAGGAUAAACCAGAGUAUCGCAAAUGGCGGACGUGGAAAGUCCCUGCCUGUCGACCAUCCAGUCGUCCAGCGUGCGCUAUCUGUUUGCGAUCAUAUAUUGAGAGCAAACGGAUUGGGUCGCGUCGUUGCAGGUGACUCGGCAACACUAGAAGAGGAAAGGAGGCCUAACGAAGCCCAUCGGACGUGGCGUCUUUUCGUAUUGCAUGACGAGACAGACGAUUAUUAUGGCACCGCUGCAGCUUGUGGGGAAGAUGGAAGUACUCUGCUUUUGUACACCAGCGCUUUACCGAGCCACCAGACCGACGACCGCCUUGCGGCAACACUCGCUCAUGAAGUUGCGCACGGCAUUCUACAACACGGAGCGGAGCGACGAGCUUGGAACCGCGUGUAUUCUUUUAGCUGUGCUCUUUUCAUUGCCUUCGGCACGCUAUUCAGCCCCCCGAUGGCUCUCUCCUGGCUUUGGAUCUUACCCCUCCGCCAGCGUUUGGAGUCUGAAGCUGAUCAAGUGGGUGCAUAUCUCGCAGCACAAGCUGGAUAUGAUCCCAAGGCGGGUAUUGAAGGCCUUCAGUCAGAGCAUGAUGUUCAAGAAGUUGCUACCUUUAACGGGCUGAUGAGCCGAUUCGUGCCUCUCAUUACGCCACUAUAUCCUUCUCACCCACCAACACCGGUGAGGGUCGAGGCUUUGCAGAAAGCCAUCGAAAAGAUGCGCCGGCCGGGUCCGCCUGCGCACUCGCUAGCCACCGCCGACACGGCUAGAUGGCCGUCACUUGCGCCUGCAGUAUCGGGGCGAGAGGAUCUUCGCAAAGUCAGCUUGGAGGAAUGGGAGACUCACAUCAAGUUAUAUGGCAUGAUCGAUCACAUCCACCUCUUCGCGCUGGGCCGAAUCUUGGGAAGGGACAUCCACGAUGUCUUCAGCGUCCGAUCUCUCUAUCAGAAGACAAAAAGGGCCUUCGAUACGGUGUCUCCUGCGCAGGAUUACGAUCCUGCUUUCAUAGUCGCUUUACUGAUGGGGACUGGCGUGUUGAAUCAUCAUGAUCAUGAUGUACUUCGCAAGGGGUUCCAGCUGGAACUGCAAGAUACCUUGGGAGAGACCCCUGGUCAUGCGGAUGAUAGAGAUAGACAGUAA